AUGGUCAUUGCAACCAAGGGAAAUGAAGGUGCUGCGGCGAAUGACUUGCCUGCAGCAAAUGCCUCUGUUCAUGUGGAGGAUGAAGCUGAUGCUGACAGCAAGGUGGGACAUGCAACAAAGGACGUGCGCAUGGUUGACCUGACAUACAAGGAGCUGAAAACCUUGCCCAAGGACCAGCUCGCACUACCCAAAGGACACGACCUCACCUGCAGCCUGUGUGGCGUCACACCAGUUCCGCAUAAAGCAACAUCUACGGCAUCAGACGCUGCUGGUGCUGCCGCCGCUGCUGCCAUGCGCCUGCAGCCGUCCGCCUCCGCUACUGCCGUCGCUGAUGUGUGCAACAGGGUGUUGCUGGUGCAGGCGCAGGCCGCCAGCCGUUGCUGUCCGCCGACUGCAGCUGCUCCCGUGCGCCUGCUGGUGUGA